ACAGCAUUUCCAGCUUCACGGGACCAGCAGUUUUAAUAUGGCCUCUUCUCCCAAUUUUUCUAUUUUACGAGCCAUCCUGACAGUGACUCUCAUGCUGGCUGGAGCCAUAGUCCUGUUUUUAAUGCACUAUACCUCACUUUCAUCUCCCAAAUGGCAUCCUCUCCCGGCUUAUUCAAGGCGGCCAAACGGCACUGCAGAGACACAACAGACUGUCAAGCCUAUCGUGCUGCUGUGGUUCUGGCCUGAAAACAAAAGUUUUGAUUUUCAAGACUGUAAGAAGCUUUUCGACAUUGACAGCUGCCACCUCACAGAUGAUAGGUCUUUGUACUCCAGGGCUGAGGCAGUUGUGAUAUUUCACAGAGCUAUCCAUGAUGACCUCUCCAACCUUCCCACCUCACCAAGACCCCGAUUUCAAAGGUGGAUCUGGUUUAACAUGGACUCACCCACCAACACACACAGGAUAGCAGGCCUUCAAGGCCUUUUUAAUUUAACCUUGAGCUACAGGCAGGAUGCAGACAUCCACGUUCGCUGGAAACUGACUGUCAAAAAGAAACCAGCUGAGCAUUUUGUGCUACCAAGGAAACAACGAUUGCUUUGUUGGAUUGUGGAUAAGAGUGACCUCAGCGCGACAUCAGUGGAGAGAUACAGCUAUUACAUAGAGCUUGUAAAAUACAUAAAGGUGCAUGUCUUUUCCAGCUCCUCUGCGGAGAGCUUGAAGGGUGAAAACUAUUUCCGGACUAUUAGCAGCUGCAAAUUCUUCCUUUCCUUUGAGAAUUCAAUUCACAGAGAUUACAUUACAGAAACAUUCAAUGGUCCUCUCACAGCUGGCACUGUGCCGAUAGUUUUGGGCCCACCGAGAAACAACUACGAGGACUUUGCCCCAGGUACUUCCUUCAUACAUGUAAAUGACUUUCCUGAUGCUAUGACACUGGCUGAUUUCCUCCUCAGGCUGGAUGAGGAUGAUGAGGCUUAUAUAAGAUACUUUAGCUGGCGGCAAUUCUAUACUGUCAGACGUCAUCUUACGGAGGAGAAUCAUGAGUUUGCACAUGCGAUCUGUCAGGCCUGUCAUCAUGUGGGCAUGAACAAGGAGUACAGAGUUGUACCUGAUCUGUACAAGUGGUUCUUACUGUGA